UCUCCCCGUUAAAGCAAGAUCCAGACUCUGUACAACUAGGAAACAAAUUGAAUUCAUGAACCAGCGGAAGCUUCUUCUGAAUGAAAGAGUCGAGGUUCGCCAGUUUGAGGAAGGGUUACGGGGAUCUUGGCACCCUGGGGUGGUGGUUGGUAUUUCACAUUUAUCCAGAUCUAUUGAAUAUGAUGAACUCUUAUAUGAAUCAGGUGAUUCAAAGCUCAUUGAGUCCAUCCCUGUGAUGGAGGCAAUUGAAGGUCUCCAUACCCGUCGCCAUGUUCCAUCAACCUAUCGAGGGCAUAUACGACCUCUUCCUCCCUCAUCUCAACCUCAUUCUGACAAAAACUUGGGUUUUGGGGUUUGUGUUGAUGCAUUUUUUGAAGAUGCAUGGUGGGAAGGGGUUAUUUUGGAUAAUGAUGAUAAUGCAUCUGAGCGGUCUGUGUAUUUUCCCGAUGAGAAUGAUGAGUGCAAGUUUAGUGUGAGUCAAUUACGUGUAGCUCAUGAUUGGGAUGAGUUUCUGGGCAUUUGGAGAGACCGAGGUACAUGGAUAUUGGUGGAAUUAGCUAAGGAGCUUGAAGGUGAUGUCCCCUUGGCUUGUUCUUUAAAGAAAGUUUGGUCCUCCUUACGUUUAAAUUAUGGGUUUGAAAAGAUGAUAUCUGAGUGGACUUGUGGCGUUCGGUCUGUUUGGAGGAAGUACUUCAUGGAAGUUGUUCAGGAGAUUGCAGUUGGGUCAAGCCGGCGAAAUCUUGCUAAUCGCAAAAUCUUGGCAUGGAUGGUGCGAAAGAAAAGUAAAAAAUCUAAGGAUCCUGGGAAGGAGAAUUCCCAUUUAUCUGACACUUUUGCACAAGCAGAAAGCUGCAUUGAUUUCAAGAAUGCUAGAUCAUGUCAAAAAGGAGAGAGAAAAGGUCCUCUUAGUAAGCACAAAAGAAGGAAACAAUCUGUAAUGUCGAAAUCAAAACAUGAGGAGCAAUCUAAUAUGAAUACAUCUGCCAGUAAAAGUUUUCAGACAGAUAAAUCAUGUGAAGAAAAGCAAAUGAUGGAAUCUGGUAAACUUGAUAGUGAAAUAGACAAGCAAAAGUCUCCUAUACCGGGUGAAAAUGAGAGUAAUAGACUAUCUGUUGACAGCUCAAGAGGAAGUAAAGACAUUUCUUUUUCUGUCUCUAAUGUUCAAGCCAAUCAAUCAGUUUACAAGACUUCCACUAAGCAUGGGCAGAUUGCUGGUAAUCAUGCUGUCAUUUUUACUGACUCUAGCAAAAUUCAGGGGAGCUGGCCGGCAUUCUUCUCUCUUAUUCCUAAGAAGAGAAGAUCUUCAUUAAUGAGAAAAAGGGUUUCAAAAAACCAUCAGCGACCAAAUUCAAAGGUUAAAAAUGUAUCGAGGUUGAAGAAGGAGAAUAAAAACACAUCUUUCCUUGUUUAUAAAAAUGGUUCAGUGAUGAGAAGGUUUUCAAAGAAACCUAAGCAAGAUGAUUCAAAAGCUGAAGCCAACCCUAGGAAAGAGGAGAAAGGCGUAGAUGUCAUAAACAUAGAGGAUGAUUUAGUUGAUGAUCAUCAUUGUUUGAGUCUUCCAGUUGAUAAUUGUGGGAAAAAGGUUAGGUUUAAAGACAUGGUGUCUCGUUCUCGGAGGCGCAAGAGGAAGCGGAAACGUUGUGGUUCUCGACUGCGUGAUACUAUAUGUAGUGUCUGUCACUAUGGAGGAGAUCUUAUAAAUUGUGAUCACUGUCCAUGCUCAUAUCAUUUAAGCUGCAUUGACCUCGAGGAUGUACCUAAUGAAAAGUGGUUUUGUCCAUCUUGCUGUUGUGGACUGUGUGGCUUGAGAAAUUGCAAGGAUGGUAGUGAACAUUUUACAAAAGUUUGUCUCCAAUGUACCCGCCAAUAUCAUGUUGCUUGCCAAAAUGAAGCUCAGUGUAUGUCUCCCACAGACCAUCCAGUUGGGAGUUUUUGUAGUGAGGCUUGUUAUAAGUUAUGUGCUCAACUUCAUCAACUUUUGGGAAUUUCAAAUCCCACUACGGUAGAUGGAAUAAGCUGGACACUGAUGAGAUCAUUGAAAGAUGUUUAUAAAUUUCCUGACAUGUCAAAAUCUCACACAUGGAUUAAGCUGUCUGAUGUACUAGGAGUUAUCCAUGAGUGUUUUGAACCUGCUGAGGAUCCUCAUACCAAGAGAGAUUUGGUCAGAGAUGUUGUUUACAAUUCAAGGUCCAAACUUAAGCGAGUAGAUUUUCGUGGAUUUUAUGCCAUGGUUCUCCAUAACGGUCGUGAAAUUUUAUCAAUAGCCACAGUGAGGAUAAAAGGACUAAGGGUUGCAAAGAGGCCUUUAGUUUUCCUUUUAUUUUUGAGGGUUUUGGAAUUUGGUUACCAUAAGCGUCUUUUCCUUUUAUAUUUGAUUUUCAGGAUAUAUGGACUAAAGGUUGCCGAGAUGCCUCUAGUUGCUACACCUUUCCAAUAUCGUCGGCAGGGUAUGUGUCGACUUCUCUUCCAGGAGUUGGAGAAGCUGCUCGUUCAAAUUGGCGUUGAGAGAUUAGUUUUGCCUGCAAUACCUCAGCUUAGAGAAACAUGGGAAAAGUCCUUUGGUUUCUUGGAAAUGCCAUUUUCUGAAAGGCUGCAAUUCUUGGGCUAUCCUUUCUUGGCCUUUCAGGGGACGACAAUGUUACAGAAACUCCUUAGUAACUCUAUUACUGAUAUAGGGAUGAGAGAUUCUGCUGGAAAAUCUUCUGAUUUUGGAGGAAAUGCGGCAAAUAGCUUUAAGAAUCAAAUGCAAGGGUCUGGUAGCAAGGACAUGUUCAACGGCUUGUUUUACGAGUGCAGACUGAAAGAAGACAUUAUUGGGAAAGAAAAUUUUGUCAACAACUGUGGUGGACUAACGCAACUUUCCGGAAAAUUGUGCAAAAGUAGACGAAUACUGGCUACCUGAGAUCGAGAUACCAAUGAAUGGAAGUAAUCAAAAACUCAGGUGAUCAUCUAUCUAUACUGCUUUCAGGAGAGUGCAGUUGAAAUAUUUUUUGUUGAUUGCCCAACUGUGGCAGUAAAUAGCAACUCUAACCUGUGGAUUUUAGUCACCCUUUUUUGUUUAUGCAACUAACAUACAAUUCUCACACAAAUUCUUCCCGACUUGUUAAAGGUAGAACCCUGACCAUGUGUUUAUGACAACUUAGAUUAAAAGAUUUUUGAGUGAGCUAAGAUUGAAUGUUGU